GAGCAGUUUUGCAGCAGUACCUCCCCCAUCAUGUCGAUAUAUUAGAGAGAGAAAGAGCCGCACUCAGAGCGCACAGUCCGGGUUACAGAGAGCACUAAGCACCGAGACACCGUACUGAGCUUCUUUUGUUCUGGAUUUUGGGCACUGAAACACAUGGAAUAUUACCGAUUUCUUAACGGAUUAUAACGUAGGGUGUUUUAUAUCCCAGAGAAAAUGUCGGACAGAACAAUGACACGGCAAGUACUGUUGUUUAUCUCGGUCCUCUCUCUCAGUUCAGUACACGGGCAGGUUAGUUACUCCAUCCCAGAGGAAAUGGCGAAAGGCUCUUUAGUCGGUAACAUCGCGCAGGAUCUGGGUUUAGAUAUAAAAAGACUGAAAUCAGGUAAAGCUCGUAUUUAUACUGGAGACAGUGCAGAAUACAUCGAGCUGAAUAAAGAAAGGGGAGUUCUCCUCAUCAAAGAGAGAAUAGACCGUGAAGCGCUUUGUGAACAGACGACGCCUUGUGCACUGCAUUUCCAAAUUACUUUAGAAAACCCGAUGGAAUUAUACCCGGUAACUGUAGAGAUUACAGAUAUAAACGACAACGUUCCCACUUUUCAAAAGACUGAGCGACGUUUGGAAAUCAGCGAGUCAGCUGUGACUGGAUCGAAAUUUAUGUUAGAGAAAGCAGUGGAUCCAGACAUUGGUUUAAAUGGCCUCCAAAGCUACUCACUGAAACACGCUGAUCAUUUUGUUCUGAAAUUGCAUAGUCAGGCAGACGGGAGUAAAAAGGUUGAGAUGGUUUUACAGAAACCUCUCGACCGAGAGAAACAGGAGCAUAUGUCUCUGUUGUUGACUGCUCUGGAUGGAGGGGAGCCUCUGCUAUCAGGGACAAUGGAGAUACACGUCACAGUGCUGGAUGCAAACGACAAUGCGCCCGUUUUUACCAAACCAGUGUAUAAGGCAACAAUAAGUGAGAAUUCACAAAAAGGAACGUUUGUCACGACAGUUAGUGCGUCUGAUGCAGAUAAAGGCACAAAUGGAGAAGUGUCUUACGUGAUUGCAAAUAGCAUGAACCGUCUUUCAACGUUAUUCCACAUAAAUGAAGAUGGUCAUUUGAUAUUAGAUGGACAAGUUGAUUAUGAAAAAUUCAGAAGUUAUCAGAUUGAUAUAGAAGCCAUAGAUAAUGGUGGCCUCUCGGACUCAAGUAAAAUAAUAAUUGAUGUCAGUGACGUAAAUGACAAUAGUCCUCUAAUCAAUUUGAUUUCCAAAUCCGGUAUCAUACCAGAGGAUUCCCAUCCUAACACAGUAGUAGCUAUGAUGAGUGUAAACGACCCUGAUUCUGAGAGUAAUGGUAAAGUUAACUGUGGCAUGAAUGAGAACAUCCCUUUCACCAUUACAUCUACAUCUAAUGGAUUCUAUAGUCUAGUAACUGAUAGUGGCUUGGACCGAGAGAGAGCGUCUGAAUAUAACAUCAGUGUGACGUGCUCUGAUGAGGGAGUUCCCUCGCUCUCCAGCAGCGUCACUCUCACCUUACAGAUAUCAGAUGUGAAUGACAACGCGCCUGUCUUUGAGAGGAGCUCAUAUGAGGCUUAUAUUAUAGAAAACAACACACCGGGCCUCUCUAUAUUCACAGUGAAAGCCAGAGACGCUGACUGGAACCAGAAUGCCCGUGUUUCUUACAUACUGGAGGACUCCUCCGUUAACGGAGUGUCCGUCUCCUCAUAUGUGUCCGUUAGUGCUGACAGUGGAGUCGUCCAGUCAGUGCGCUCUUUUGACUACGAGCAGAUCAAGGAUUUCCAGUUCCGUGUAAAAGCGCAGGAUGGAGGCUCUCCUCCUCUCAGUAGCAAUGUGACUGUGAAAAUAAUGAUCCAGGACCAGAAUGACAACACGCCUCAGGUUCUGUAUCCAGUCCAGACAAGCAGCUCUCUGGUGGCUGAAAUGGUGCCUCGUUCAGCAGAUGUGGGAUAUCUUGUCACUAAAGUGGUGGCUGUUGAUGUGGACUCUGGACAGAAUGCCUGGCUCUCGUAUAAACUGCAGAAAGCGACAGACAGGGCGCUGUUUGAAGUGGGCUUACAGAAUGGAGAAAUAAGAACUAUACGCCAAGUCAAUGAUAAAGAUUCUGUGAAACAAAGGCUCGCUGUUGUAGUGGAGGACAACGGGCAGCCCUCUCGUUCAGCUACAGUCAAUGUUAACGUGGCGGUGGCGGACAGCUUCCCUGAAGUGCUCUCGGAGUUCACUGACUUUACUCACGACAAGGAGUACAAUGACAACCUGACUUUUUACUUAGUCUUGGCUUUGGCUGUAGUCUCAUUUCUGUUCAUCACAUGUUUAGUGGUUAUUAUAUCAGUGAAAAUAUACAGAUGGAGACAGUCUCGCGUCCUCUAUCAUUCCAGUCUCCCGGUUAUUCCGUAUUAUCCACCGCGUUACGCAGACAUUGGGGACAGGAACUCUACAGCACGUGUACAAUUACGAGGUGUGCAGGACGACUGACUCCAGAAAGAGUGACUGUAAGUUCGUCAGACCCUGUAGUCAGAACGUACUGAUAAUGGACCCCAGUUCUACAGGGACGAUGCAGCGGAUG